GGCGGCUACUGUUUGGGGGGCGGGGAACCUCGGCUGAGGCUUUAGUGGCGGCUUAGGCACCGGCAACUGGUGGCGGCGACUGCUGGUGCAGCUAGGCGCGCGGCCAGCUCUUGAGUUCGGAACAGAACGCUGGGCGUCGCGGGCCCCGCCCGGAAAGUUUGCCGCGGGGCCGCGACCUCUUGGCCAGCGCGGCCCGGCAUGAAGCGGCGCUGAGGAGCCGCCGCCGCCGCCGCCGCCUGAGGAGGAGCCGCAGCAGCCCGGGCCACGCCGAUGACUACUGCAAACUGUGGCGCCCACGACGAGCUCGACUUCAAACUCGUCUUUGGCGAGGACGGGGCGCCGGCGCCGCCGCCCUCGGGCCCGCGGCCUGCAGAUCUUGAGCCAGAUGAUUGUGCAUCCAUUUACAUCUUUAAUGUAGAUCCACCUCCAUCUACUUUAAACUCACCGCUUUGCUUACCACAUCAUGGAUUACCGUCUCACUCUUCUGUUUUGUCACCAUCAUUUCAGCUCCAAGGUCACAGAAACUAUGAAGGAGCUUGUGAGAUUCCUGAGUCUAAGUACAGCCCAUUAAGUUGUCCAAAGCCUUUUGAGUGCCCAAGUAUUCAGAUUACAUCCAUCUCUCCUAACUGUCAUCAAGAAAUAGAUGUUCGUGAAGAUGAUCUACACGUAAAUGACCCAGAAAGGGAAUAUUUGGAAAGGCCUUCUAGAGAUCAUCUUUAUCUUCCCCUUGAACCAUCCUACCGGGAAUCUUCCCUUAGUCCUAGUCCUGCCAGCAGCAUCUCUUCUAGGAGCUGGUUCUCAGAUGCAUCUUCUUGUGAGUCUCUUUCACACAUUUAUGAUGAUGUGGACUCAGAGUUGAAUGAAGCUGCUGCCCGAUUUACUCUUGGAUCCCCUCUGACUUCUCCUGGUGGCUCUCCAGGAGGUUGCCUAGGAGAAGAGUCCUGGCAUCAACAGUAUGGACUUGGGCAUUCCUUGUCACCCAGGCAGUCUCCUUGCCACUCUCCUAGGUCCAGUAUCACUGAUGAGAACUGGCUGAGCCCCAGGCCAGCCUCAGGACCCUCCUCGAGGCCUACUUCCCCCUGUGGGAAACGUCGGCACUCCAGUGCUGAGGUUUGUUAUGCUGGCUCCCUGUCACCCCGUCACUCACCAGUUCCUUCUCCUGGGCAUUCCCCCAGGGGAAGUGUAACAGAAGACACCUGGCUCAAUGCUUCUGUCCAGGGUGGAUCAGGUCUUGGCCCUGCACUUUUUCCAUUUCAGUACUGUGCAGAGACUGAUAUCCCUCUGAAAACAAGGAAGACUUCUGAAGACCAAGCUGCCAUACUACCUGGAAAAUUAGAGCUCUGUUCAGAUGACCAAGGGAGUUUAUCGCCGUCCCGGGAUCCUUCAGUAGAUGAUGGUCUUGGAUCUCAGUAUCCUUUAAAGAAAGAUUCAUCUAGUGACCAAUUUCUUUCAGUUCCUUCACCCUUUCCCUGGAGCAAACCAAAGCCUGGCCACACCCCCAUAUUUCGCACAUCUUCAUUGCCUCCACUAGACUGGCCUUUACCAACUCAUUUUGGACAGUGUGAACUGAAAAUAGAAGUACAACCCAAAACUCAUCAUCGAGCCCAUUAUGAAACUGAAGGUAGCCGAGGAGCAGUAAAAGCAUCUACUGUGGGACACCCUGUUGUAAAGCUCCUGGGCUAUAGUGAAAAGCUGAUAAAUCUACAGAUGUUUAUUGGAACAGCAGAUGAUCGAUAUUUACGACCUCAUGCAUUUUAUCAAGUGCAUCGAAUCACUGGGAAGACAGUUGCUACUGCAAGCCAAGAGAUAAUAAUUGCUAGCACAAAAGUUUUGGAAAUUCCACUUCUUCCGGAAAACAAUAUGUCAGCCAGUAUUGACUGUGCAGGUAUUUUGAAACUCCGAAAUUCAGAUAUAGAACUUCGAAAAGGAGAGACUGAUAUCGGAAGAAAGAAUACUAGAGUACGACUUGUGUUUCGUGUACACAUCCCACAGCCCAAUGGAAAAGUCCUUUCUCUGCAGGCAGCUUCUAUACCUAUUGAGUGCUCCCAGCGGUCUGCUCAAGAACUUCCUCAUAUUGAGAAAUACAGUAUCAACAGUUGUUCUGUAAAUGGAGGUCAUGAAAUGAUUGUGACUGGAUCUAAUUUUCUUCCAGAAUCCAAAAUCAUUUUUCUUGAAAAAGGACAAGAUGGACGACCUCAAUGGGAGGUAGAAGGGAGAAUAAUCAGGGAAAAAUGUCAAGGGGCUCACAUUGUCCUUGAAGUUCCUCCAUAUCAUAACCCCACAGUUACAGCUGCAGUGCAGGUGCACUUUUAUCUUUGCAAUGGCAAGAGGAAAAAAAGCCAGUCUCAACGUUUUACUUACACACCAGUUUUGAUGAAACAAGAACAAGGAGAAGAGAUUGACUUGUCUUCAGUUCCAUCUUUGUCUGUGCCUCAUCCUGCCCAGACCCAGAGGCCUUCCUCAGAUCCAGGGCACCCACCUGAUAGUGUACUGUCCACACAGAGAAGCUUGGUUUGUUCCAUCCAGCAAGCAUAUGCAAACAUGGUAACCUCAUCCCAUCUGCCACAGUUGCAGUGUAGGGAUGAGAGUGCUGGUAAAGAACAGCCUAUGAGACCUUCUUCGGUUGUGCACCAGGCUUUUCAGGUCACACCAAUGCCUCCUUCCUAUCAGGCUAUGCAAACUAAUGAGUACAAUGGACCAACUUGUCUUCCUAUUAAUGCUGCCUCUAGUCAAGAAUUUGAUCCAAUUUUGUUUCAGCGGGAUGCAACUGUUCCUAGUUUAAUAAAUCUUGGCUGUCAACCACUGUCAUCCAUACCAUUUCAUUCUUCAAAUUCAGGCUCAACAGGACAUCUUUUAGCACACACACCUCAUUCUGUGCAGACGCUGCCUCAUCUUCAGUCAAUGGGAUACCAUUGUUCAAAUGCAGGACAAAGGUCUCUUUCUUCUCCAGCCGCGGACCAGGUCACAGGGCAGCCUUCCCCUCAAUUACAGGUCAUUACAUAUGGUCCUUCACAUUCAGGGUCUGCUGCUACUUCCCCAGCAGCCUCUCAUCCCCUGGCCAGUUCACCACUUUCUGGGCCUCCAUCUCCUCAGCUGCAGCCUAUGCCUUACCAAUCUCCUAGCUCAGGAACUGCCUCAUCACCGUCUCCAACCACCAGAAUGCAUUCUGGACAACAUUCAACUCAAGCACAAAGUACAGGCACAGGAGGUCUUUCUGCACCUUCAUCCUUAAUAUGUCACAGUUUGUGUGAUCCAGCUUCAUUUCCACCUGAUGGGGCAACUGUGAGCAUUAAACCUGAACCUGAAGAGCGGGAACCUAACUUUGCAGCCAUUGGACUACAGGACAUCACUUUAGAUGAUGACCAGUUUAUGUCUGACUUGGAACACCAGCCAUCAGGUUCAGCAGAGAAAUGGCCUACCCACAGUGAGCUGUCAUGUCCAGCUCCUUUCUGGAGAAUCUAGAGGUGAAUGAGAUAAUUGGGAGAGACAUGUCCCAGAUUUCUGUUUCCCAAGGAAUGGGCGAGCAGACAGGCUCCCCUCUCGGGUCCUAAGUCCCUGGAUUCAGGAAGAUCUGAUGGACUCUAACAGUGCCCACUGCACCUUUGUGUCGACCACCAUGUCUAUAUCAGCACGUUUCUUUCCUUGGAUCUGUUGAGUUUCCAACUUUGUGGCCUUCAGGACUGGCGACGAGUUGGGAUCGCCGUGUGGGGAAAGCAGCAUUCUUCCACCUCAGGCCUUGGUUAAAUAGGAGCAGCAUAGGCUGUUUGAGCUUUGGGGAAAUAAGCUUUGCUUUUUGUAUUUAAAUAGGAUACUUUUAUAUAAUGGGUGCUUUUGAGUGUGAAUGAGGCAGGCUGUCCAUUUCAGAGGUGCUGCUUUUGCAGGUGACCCAAUUGCUUAGCUAGGAUUGGUGAUUUAUACUGCUUUAUGGUCAUUUGAAGGGCCUUUUAGCCUUGAUGAUAUUUUUAAAAUAAGAACUUUUGAUAAAACCUUCCAGAGGCAAACAAAAAAGAAAAAAAGGAAAAAAAAAUUCUCCCAAGCUCACACCAAUGCCUCAGAAACUCAGCAUGUGUCCUGAAGCCUUUCAUAGAUUCAUAGGAAAUAAAACCAAAUAUAGCUUGAACCUCUUUAUAAAAGUAAACUUUUCUUAGAUAGGAUGAGAAGAGACCAUUCCAUCAUUGAAGUGUUGUAGUAUAAACAGACAUUCCAGAGCAUAGCCCUUUUGUAACUUUCUAGGUAAUCUUCCUGCAGUCUCUCUAUAUUGGUUUCAUGUUGAAAUUUCUUUUUCCCUCAAGACCUUGGGUAAAAUGGUUGCAUUACGUGUAAGGUGACUUUGAAAGGUAGAGUUUUUGCUUGGUAGCGUUCAUUUCCAGCCAUUUUAGAAACAAGUAGGCUGUAGAAUGUGCUUUCUGUUUGUGACCAUGGUCCCAGAGCCUUUUCGAAGUGGGAGCAUCUCUGCCUUUGUCUGUUAUGUAACUUUUGAUGCCACACAGUCUCAUGAUAGUUUAGGCAACUUUGCUGGCUCUAACUCAUCUCUAGAGGCCAGGCUUUGCCAGGAACUAAGCACAAAAGGAGCUAUGCUUCAGGACAGGAGCAGAGAAAAUGCAAGACUAAAGAGGAGGGUUUCAGUUUCACGUUAGCGUAAAAGGCUUAUCCCCUAUUCUAGUACCCUGUCCUAUCUGCAUGGCCUUUUCCAAAAAAGGCUUUGAGGCAAAUCUAAAAAUGAGGUGGCACAACAGACCUGAUUCUCCACACCAAAGAUACCCUGGUGCUGCUGCUGGCAAGACUGGUGCCCAAGAUGGGGGCCAGCAAGAAACCCCAGCCUGCUGCCUACCAAAGGAGGUGCCCAAAUUGGGUGACUUUUUCAAACUCUGCCCUCACCCCUUGCCCCUAAUGGGAUCAGUUAACCUGUCCAAGUCUCUGAAAUUUGCAGUAGAUUUUCAAGUGAAAUAUUAUAUUGGCAUUUAUUCAGGAAGCAAAUUUAUUGAGUGCCUACAUGUGAAACAAGUGUGCUGGCUGGUUGAAAGCUUGAUGCUGUUAUUCCAAGGGUUUGUGGGCCCUAGAUGCCAGGACUCCCCAGAGGUCAGGGGACGCCUGGGCUGAGGAAACUGGCCUGUUGUCCACCCCCUCAUCAGCUAAGUGGGAGCUGUUUACCCAGGGUGAGGACCUAUGGUCUUUUUUUUUUUUUUUAAACUAUGGUGUUUUAGAUUCUUUUCUUAAAGCUAGUUAGAGAAAAGUGUCUGUCCUUUAACAGUUCACUCUGGCCCCUCUUGAAGCUGAACCUUUUUUUCUUUGGAAGUGAGUUUUGUGUCUCAGUGUGUGAAUAGUGCGAUUUGCUUCAGGGCCUGUGGUAGGAAGCUCACGGGCGGGGGGUGGUCAGGGGCUGCCUCCUCAGAUGAAGUUCCAGAGAGAUGGCCACCAGACUUGCGUCUACCCUCCUGCCUCUGCUAUACCUGCCUCACAUGGGAUUCUUGCAAGAGCUCCCCUUGCAAGACCCUUUGGGGGUGGUUCUGCUACCCUCAAGAAUCAAAGCCUCUAUGAUCCAGAGUUGCUAUGCACCAAAUUUUGAUGCCUUUUAAAUACCUUGAUGCCUGUAGUGCUAGAAAUGCUUUCCUAUUUAAAAUAAAAGUCAAAUUUUAAAAUA